CCAGCACACGGAGGAGUUUUUAAUCAAGCCCGAGUCCCGGAUCGCCCAGCUGGACACAUCGCAGUGGCCCUUGUUGCUGAAGAACUUUGACAAAUUAAAUGUGAUGACAGCACACUACACGCCUCUUCCUUCUGGUGCUAAUCCCCUGAAGAGAGAGAUUUCUGACUAUGUCAGGUCUGGCUUUAUUAAUCUCGAUAAACCUUCCAAUCCAUCUUCCCAUGAGGUGGUUGCAUGGAUCCGACGCAUCCUUCGAGUAGAGAAGACUGGACACAGUGGCACUCUGGAUCCGAAGGUGACUGGGUGCCUCAUUGUGUGCAUUGAGAGGGCAACACGACUGGUCAAAUCUCAGCAGAGUGCAGGCAAAGAGUAUGUGGGAAUUGUUCGGCUGCACAAUGCAAUUGAAAGUGAGGCUCAGCUUGCCAGGGCAAUAGAAACUCUGACAGGCGCGCUGUUUCAGCGACCACCCCUCAUUGCUGCUGUCAAACGACAACUGAGAGUCAGAACCAUCUAUGAGAGCAAGCUUGUGGAGUAUGAUCCUGAGAGAAGAUUAGGUAUCUUCUGGGUGAGCUGUGAAGCAGGCACAUAUAUCCGAACACUCUGUGUUCACCUUGGUUUGCUGCUUGGUGUGGGGGGCCAGAUGCAGGAGCUCCGCAGAGUGCGCUCAGGCAUCCUGGGAGAGAAGGACAACAUGGUGACUAUGCACGAUGUACUGGAUGCACAGUGGCAGUAUGACAACAACAAGGAUGACAGCUACUUGCGAAGAGUUAUCCUGCCAUUGGAGAAACUGCUGACUUCACACAAGCGGCUAGUCAUGAAAGACAGUGCGGUUAAUGCCAUUUGCUAUGGAGCAAAGAUCAUGCUGCCUGGUGUCCUGAGGUAUGAAGAUGGUAUUGAGCUUAAUCAGGAGAUUGUCGUCAUCACCACGAAAGGAGAAGCUAUCUGCCUAGCCAUUGCCUUGAUGACCACAGCAGUCAUUUCUACCUGUGACCAUGGCAUCGUGGCAAAGAUCAAGAGAGUGAUCAUGGAGAGAGACACAUAUCCCCGCAAAUGGGGUCUCGGUCCCAAGGCCAGUCAAAAGAAGAUAAUGAUUCAGAAGGGUCUGCUGGACAAGCACGGGAAGCCCAACGAGAGCACCCCUGAUUCCUGGAAGAAGGAGUAUGUGGAUUACAGGGAUGCUUCCAAGAAAGAGGCAGCUGCUGUUCCCCAAGGUGUUUCAGAGAGGGCUCCAAAAAGGAAGAGAGAGUCGGAGAGUGAAAGUGAGGAGGCUGUGACCCCACCAUCCCCUGCCACUCCACCACCAGAGGAGCUGAGCAAAAAGGAAAAGAAAAAGAAGAAGAAAGAGAAGAAGGCCAAAGAGGCAGCUGAGAGCGGGGGAGAACAAAUAGAAGUGACCAGUGAGGCCGGCACCAAGAAGAAGAAGAAGAAGAAGAAACAAAAGGAGGUAGAAGAGAGCUCGGAGUAA